AUGCUCAUUAUGACAAUUCAUCAUGCACCUUCACUACCAGCCACCAUCAUUCCCACAGAUAACCCAGCCACCAUCAUUCCCACAGAUAACCCAGCCACCAUCAUUCCCACAGAUAACCCAGCCACCAUCAUUCCCACAGAUAACCCAGCCACCAUCGUUCCCACAGAUAACCCAGCCACCAUCAUUCCCACAGAUAACCCAGCCACCAUCGUUCCCACAGAUAACCCAGCCACCAUCAUUCCCACAGAUAACCCAGCCACCAUCAUUCCCACAGAUAACCCAGCCACCAUCAUUCCCACAGAUAACCCAGCCACCAUCAUUCCCACAGAUAACCCAGCCACCAUCAUUCCCACAGAUAACCCAGCCACCAUCAUUCCCACAGAUAACCCAGCCACCAUCGUUCCCACAGAUAACCCAGCCACCAUCGUUCCCACAGAUAACCCAGCCACCAUCAUUCCCACAGAUAACCCAGCCACCAUCGUUCCCACAGAUAACCCAGCCACCAUCAUUCCCACAGAUAACCCAGCCACCAUCAUUCCCACAGAUAACCCAGCCACCAUCAUUCCCACAGAUAACCCAGCCACCAUCAUUCCCACAGAUAACCCAGCCACCAUCAUUCCCUCAGAUAACCCAGCCACCAUCAUUCCCACAGAUAACCCAGCCACCAUCGUUCCCACAGAUAACCCAGCUAUUUUCAUUCCCACAGAUAACCCAGCUAUUUUCAUUCCCACAGAUAACCCAGCCACCAUCAUUCCCACAGAUAACCCAGCCACCAUCAUUCCCACAGAUAACCCAGCCACCAUCAUUGCCACAGAUAAUCCAGCCACCAUCAUUCCCACAGAUAAUCCAGCGACCAUCAUUCCCACAGAUAACCCAGCCACCAUCAUUCCCACAGAUAACCCAGCCACCAUCAUUCCCACAGAUAACCCAGCUAUUUUCAUUGCCUCAGAUAACCCAGCCACCAUCAUUCCCACAGAUAACCCAGCCACCAUCGUUCCCACAGAUAACCCAGCCACCAUCGUUCCCACAGAUAACCCAGCCACCAUCAUUCCCACAGAUAACCCAGCCACCAUCGUUCCCACAGAUAACCCAGCCACCAUCAUUCCCACAGAUAACCCAGCCACCAUCAUUCCCACAGAUAACCCAGCCACCAUCAUUCCCACAGAUAACCCAGCCACCAUCAUUCCCACAGAUAACCCAGCCACCAUCAUUCCCUCAGAUAACCCAGCCACCAUCAUUCCCACAGAUAACCCAGCCACCAUCGUUCCCACAGAUAACCCAGCUAUUUUCAUUCCCACAGAUAACCCAGCUAUUUUCAUUCCCACAGAUAACCCAGCCACCAUCAUUCCCACAGAUAACCCAGCCACCAUCAUUCCCACAGAUAACCCAGCCACCAUCAUUGCCACAGAUAAUCCAGCCACCAUCAUUCCCACAGAUAAUCCAGCGACCAUCAUUCCCACAGAUAACCCAGCCACCAUCAUUCCCACAGAUAACUCAGCUACCAUCAUUUCCACAGAUAACUCAGCUAUUUUCAUUGCAUCAGAUAGGCACCUUCAUCUUUCUGCUAAGAAAAAAAUCCAGCCAUCUUGUUUCCCAGUAGAUAAUCCAGCCACCUUCAUUUCCAGUAGUUUAUAGCAUUAAAUAACAAAGACAAAGAGACGUUAUGAUAUUCUCAAACAGUGAAUUAAAUAGCAUGAUUUAACAUUACCGAUAGAUUAUGAACAUGGAUUAUUAUAUGAUAGAAAUACUUCCAUCAUGUACUUAGGCAAAGUAAGAUAUAUAUUUUCAGUAGUAUUGUACACCAACCUUGGCUUAAAGACUAACUCAGCUAUUCCUAGAUCUGAUGCAAGACAAUACAUUUCUUUGCAUUUGAAAACCUUAAUCUAAAAUGAAGAAGAUUGUAUCACACAGAAUUGGGACCUCUACCCGGGGGUAAAUCCAACCACUUCCAUGCAUCCCAUGAGAUAAUUCAGCCUCCUUUGUUCCCGAUAGAAAACCCAGCUAUUUAUCAUCCAAUUAGAUAAUCAGUUUUUUCCAAGUUCAUAAUCCAGCAAUAUUUUUACAAUGAACAUAUAUGAAUAAAUAUGUCUGGAUCAUUUUUAACUUUUAUAGAAUGCAUGAUUUAUUGUAGAUUAGUUGUAUUGCUAGAGAAAUAGGCUCCACUUAACUAAUACAGCUUGUUAUCAUAUCUAUUAUAAAUGUUGUCUUUACCAACUACACCUUAUUUUGUUUUAUUGAUCUGGGGUAAUGUAUUAUUGCUUUUGAUUAUUUAUUGUUACAUGCAUUAAAUGUAUUAAAUAAAUUUUCAAAAUAUC